CCGUUACAAUAAACGAAAACAUUUUCUUCUCCACCACACGAUUUCUAUGUUAAUCAGCUUAAUCUUUUUUGGUAAUAAGAAUUAGAUUAAUGCAACAAGAGAUCUUUGCCCCAGUUGGAGAAUCUCCCAGUCCCACCCCAAUCUUGUCUCUCCACACACUCAACCUUGUAACCUUUUCACUCUGUAUGUCGCAGAGUAAGCUUCUUCAAAAGCUAAGCAACUUUCUCUCAUGGAGUCGCUGCUCACAUCAUCAUCAUCAUCAACCUUAUCUCUUUACCCUUCUUCUCCUCUCUCCUUCCUUAAACUACCUUCUUCUAUCCACAACAACAACACCAUCUCCUUCUGCUGUAAAGCCUCCUCGAAUCCUACACCUGACUGCAACGCCAAUGAUCGGUUCAUCAGAGCGAUUAAAGGGCUGGUUUCGUCUCGGCAAUGGAUGUCGCGUUUUCGAGCUUACGGAGAAGACACGGCGUCGUUUUCGGCCGGAGAUUUGAAGCAGAACGGUGGUUUGGGGAUCGCUCUCUUGAGCAUCACGGCUUCGGCUAAGGUGAAGAUUAGCCCUUUCGUGGCGACGCUGUCGGCGAAUCCGACGUUUGUUUCGGCCGUGUUCGCGUGGUUCUUUGCGCAGACGAGCAAAAUGGUUAUUAACUUCUUCAUCGAGAGGAAAUGGGAUUUGAGUUUGUUGUUUGCUUCUGGCGGGAUGCCUUCUUCUCACUCGGCUCUGUGUAUGGCUUUGACGACCUCUGUUGCGCUUUGUCAUGGUGUCGCCGACUCGUUGUUUCCUGUUUGUUUAGGGUUUAGCUUGAUUGUGAUGUAUGAUGCUAUCGGUGUUAGACGUCAUGCUGGUAUGCAAGCUGAGGUUCUGAACUUGAUAAUAAGGGACUUGUUUGAAGGACAUCCCAUCAGUCAAAGAAAGCUAAAAGAGUUGCUGGGUCACACUCCUUCACAGGUUCUUGCAGGAGCGUUAGUUGGUGUUGUGAUUGCUUGCUUUUGUUGCCAAGGCCACCUUGUCUCGUCCUAAGAUCUCAUUAACUCUCAAGUUUUCUGAUUAUUAUUAUUUUUUUCUUAUUUGGUUCAAUUUCUGCAUUAGCAGAAAAACUUUGUGCUUUGAGUAUGGCUUAGCAUCAUGAUUCGGCUAAGGAUUCAUGGUUGUAUCAUAUGUUGUAUUCAACAAUAGAGAAAACUCUUGCUUUUUCUUUUCUUUUUGUAAUCUCUUGAAAAUGCAAUGAUACCUUUGUUUUA